AUGCUGAGCUACAAUCAAAAACAUCUACAGAUUCCAACUCCUUCUGAACAUAAUUGGAUUGAAGAUCACAGAGAUGACUAUUACCUGAAGGAUCCGGAUCAGUGGCUCGAUGAAUUGCCUCAACCAUUCAGAAUGAUUGAUAAAUUAAUUGGACACAUCAUCGACAAUGCUUGGGAAAACAUUGAGAAAAGAGAAGCAGAAAGAGAAGCUGAAAACUUGAAGAUAAAACCUCCGACUCGUGAAGCAAUAGAGGAAGUUCAGCUUCCUGGCAAUUUAAAUUGUUUUGCAAAUAUUAUGGAUGGAAAAAAUAUUUUUGCUGGCAUGUCUGAAGGUGUGGCCAUUCUGAACCAGGAGGAUCAUACUAUAAAAUCUCUUUGGAAGAUGGAAGGUGUGGAGAUUAUUGCCCUUCAAGACAACGUAAGUGAAAAAGUCAUUUGUAGUAAAUUUGAGAUAUCAGAAGGUGGAGAUUACGCUGGUUUAACUCUUGAAGGAAAAGGUGAAAACUGGCUGGAGGUGUAUCGACUGCAGAAGGACAAUUGGGCUCAAGAACUGGAUCAGUUUGAAAAGCUCAUGACACUUAAUGGGCAAACAGGAGUAUAUUACGUUUGGAAAAAUCCAUUUGAUGCCCUUCAAAAGCUUGAUGAUUCCAACAUAAUUGGUACAGGCCAAAAUCAUGUCAUUUCUACUCAGCAAUGGAUUGAGGAGAAGAAAAUAUUUGAAGAAAUGUAUGAGUCCUAUCUUUCCAAAGACACCACAGAAGAGACUGAAGAAAAGCAAAGUCAAGCAACAUUUCAUUUUAUUAAUCUUGGACGAAUUCUUCCAGUGGGUUUGGAGCAGAAAACUCAAGCUGGAAUUCCCAAUGCCUUAUGUUUGUGGUGGAAUGGCAGCCACAUUCUGUUCCAUUAUGUACUGAAAAUACCUGUAGGGAAAGAAAAGAUAGAGCUGGAACCAAAAGCUGACAUUGUCUGGCCCAAUGCCUCUCCAAUCACUUGUUCCACUAAUGGCAAAGAAACCCAUGCCUUAAAGAGGGCGGCUGCCCUGAACCAUGUCAAAAAUGAUGCAAGUACUCCUUCUCUCUAUGAUAGUAAUCCCAGUGUUUCUACAUGGGAUAUGUUUCUACUCAUCUUUACAACUGGCACAAUAGCUUUGUUUGACUUCACUGGCAAGGAUGUUUUAUGCCACUUCAUUUUGCCUUUCCCGUAUGUAACAGCAUCACCAUGGGAGCCAGUGUUUGCUUUUGACGGAGAUGGCAACUUCCUCUUCAUCAAAGUGCUUUUGAAUGUUCAACUUUUCCAGCUGCUGAGUGUUUGCAUGAGCAUGUUUCUCAAAGCUGUGCCAGAAGACAUCCUCCGACAUGCCCUGCUGUCAGAAAGUGACAUGCAGCAGCUAUAUGGGAUCAGCACUGCUGCACACCAUGUUCCAUAA